UCUCUCUACUGACCCUUGCUUGCUCGGUAGAUUACUGAUCCCAAGACUCCGUUGCUCCGGCCACUGUUCCCCUCUAUCCCCUCCCCCCCAAUCUCCGACGAUCUCCGAUCUGCAGCCGCUGCUACUCCUUCCGCCCCCUGCAGCCGCUGCUACUCCUUCCGCCCCUGCAGCCGCUCGUGCUAUUGCCCGGCCGACGUGAACGAGCAGGAGGCAAAUGCUCCGGAAUCGCUUCCAUGACUUGUGAAUAGACUGCCUCGCUUCGGAACGGAUUGUAAGGAACAUCCGGCGAUCUCGGUGGGGUCAACUGUCCCCGUUUGCCCCCACACUUCGUCUCCGUCGCUGAAUGUCACUGUUCUGGAUUGUCAUUCGUCAACUAGCUGAGAUUGAAGCAAUGACUGAUCUUCUGCAGGCGAUGUCAAAGAAAGUGAUUACAAGGGAAGAGUGGGAGAAAAAGCUUAAUGAUGUAAAGAUCAGGAAAGAGGACAUGAAUAAGUUGGUCAUGAACUUUUUGGUAACUGAGGGCUACGUCGAGGCUGCAGAGAAGUUCCGAAUGGAAUCUGGCACAGAACCAGAUAUAGAUCUUGCCACAAUUACGGAUCGUAUGGCUGUUAAAAAGGCAGUUCAGUGUGGGAACGUGGAGGAUGCCAUUGAAAAAGUGAAUGAUUUGAAUCCUGAGAUAUUGGAUACAAAUCCACAGCUCUUUUUCCAUCUUCAACAGCAAAGAUUGAUAGAACUAAUUCGUAAUGGAAAAGUAGAAGAGGCUCUGGAGUUUGCCCAAGAGGAACUUGCUCCCAGGGGAGAAGAAAAUCAAAGCUUCUUGGAAGAGUUGGAGAGGACCGUUGCAUUGCUAGCUUUUGAAGAUGUCUCCAACUGCCCUGUUGGUGAGCUUCUUGAUAUGUCCCAGCGCCUGAAGACAGCUAGUGAAGUGAAUGCCGCCAUCCUCACAAGCCAGAGUCACGAAAAAGACCCGAAACUCCCAAGCCUCUUAAAGAUGCUGAUUUGGGCGCAGAACCAACUCGACAAAAAAGCUGCUUAUCCUCGGAUAAACGACUUAUCUACUGCUAAGCUUGAAGAUCCCUCUGUAUGAGGUGCGAGUGAUUUGCCGCCUUCAAAGGAUUCAGUUCCCUUUCAUCAUCUCCAUUUUCAUUGGCGAUUAAGCUCUUUUAGAUGAUACAUUUACAUCUGUACGUGAUGCUUUUUACUGGCCAUCUCCUUAAUGUACAUUACUUUAGAGGAUUCCGAUUGCCCUUUCUUUUCGUGGAAGACUUCCCACUCAGUUUCCUUCACAUUCACAUCUGUGUAAAUGACAAUAUGUUUCAUAAAAAAUUUGAUCCAUUUCUCGCAGCA